GAUUCCGCUCAGGUCAGAUGCUCUGACCUGGAUGUAGAGGUGAACACGAUGAUAGCUGCGACUCAGGAGACGGAUCAUCUGAAAGUUGCUCACUCUCUCUCUUCCCCUCUCUCCCUCGCUCACUCUCUGUCUCUCUCUCUCCCUCUCUCUCUCAUUUUCAUUCUCCCUCCCUUUGCUCUCUUUCAGUGGCUCCCCAGUAUUGUCUCUGCACACCUUCAUCGCACUUCACACUGUGAGCAUCAGCUGUCUGCACAACCGAGGUGUGUCUGACCAGUGAAAGAUGCUGGCUUGUACAGAGAUGAUCACUAUGUGCCUGCAGUCUGCCAAACAGAAGCAUCUCCAGGCUCUACAGCAGCAACAGCAGCAGCCUCUGGACAGCAGUGGACAAGGACUCAAUAUCUUUCAUGAUAUUUUCCGCCGAGCUGACAAAAAUGAUGAUGGCAAGCUGACUUUUGAAGAGUUCAAUGCCUAUUUUGCGGAUGGGAUCCUGACAACUGAGGAGCUGCAGGAGCUCUUUUACUCCAUUGAUGGACGACAAAAUAAUAAUCUGGAAACCGACAAACUUUCAGAUUAUUUUUCCCAGCACCUUGGAGAAUAUCUCAGUGUCCUUUCAUCACUGGAGAGCCUGAAUGUCGCCAUUUUAAAGGCAAUGGAUAAAACCAAGGAGGAGUACGAGGGUGCCAGUGUGCUGGGCCAGUUUGUCACCAGGUUCAUGUUAAGAGAGACGUCAAGUCAGCUUUUAUCUCUCCAGAGGUCACUGCAGUGCGCCAUGGAGGCGGUGGAAGAGCAGAGCUGCCCCACACAGAGAGAGGUGGAGACACCAGAGUUGACAGGAGCGCAGAGGAGCAGCAGGCAGUGUGGUCAGAGUCUCCAUAACAAUCUGUGCAUGUCUCCAGCAGAUCCCUGCUCUGGCAUCUUGACCACAGGUGUGGGUACAGAGGAUGGAGAGAACUGGUGUUACCAGAUCAACAGACUGCAGCAGCUGCUGGAUAAACUGGAGUGCCAGACUCCCAAAUUGGAACCACUGAAGGAGGACACACUGGCCAGCACAUAUAAAUCUAACAUUCUGCUCGUACAAAGGCAGGUCUCUGUGACGGAUGGAGAUCUGGACAAGUUCCACAAAGUUCUGAAAUGCUACGUAGACGCCACCUCUGCCCAGUCUGACAAUCUGCACGUGUCCGUUCAGAAGCCCCCGGGAAAGUCGUGUUACAUAAUGUAUGAGUUCUGGCAAGACCGCAUCUCCUGGAUGAGCUACCUGCAGUCCAACAGCAGUAAAGAUUUCCAGCGCUGCAUCAUCGACAUGUUAGAAGACGCUGAAGUAGUGUCAACAAUGCUGCUACCAGCUUCUUGGUGGAUUAUGACUAACAACUAAUGACCAGGAAAGUCACAUCUCUGCUGCCUACACUGUCACACGGACAGAGACACGCUGCAGAAUAUCCACCCACCAUCACACAUUCACACAUACACACGGCCGCACACGCACAUAUAUCUUUACACAACACAAUCAAUGCAGAAUUUCAAAAGACGCCCGUUCGUUUGAAAAGUACCAGGAGACAAAGACGUCUGGCGUCACCCAGCUUUCCUCCAGCAGCGUCUUCUCACCGUUUUGUCUCCGCCUUUGAUUGCUCAUUAUUCCACUGCGUAUAUCAAAAGGAGUAGAGCUCACAGGCAGCCUGGGCACGUUAAAGGGAUCGGUGUCCUGCCACGCAAACCUCAUUUUUUCUUUUAAUCCAAAGUUUUACUCGUCUCUUGUGUAUGUUCUCGUCCAACUUUCUCCUCUGUGUUUGACUGACGUGAUUCUAAUAGAGACCGACCAAAACUCUGCGGCCGUGUCAGCUACUAAAUAGUCGAACAGCAGCAUGUUGGUCUGUUGAUGACUUGUUGGUGGAUGAGUACAAUUAUUUUAGGAGGGGGAUUAAAAUGCAAAGUCAAAGAGGUGAUGAGGGUCAAAAUGUAAAGUUUGUUACGGAAGUUUUCAAGAACCUUGAAAUGUGUUCUCUCAGGGCUCUGAGAAAAGAUGAUGUCAUUACAUUCUCUUGGCUCUAGUUUUAGAUGUUUAACCAGCGUGUUCUUGAGACACCUGUUCUGGACCGAACUUUAUUCUCGAGUGUGUCAGUGACUGUUGUGGCAUUUGUCGGAAUUUUGAAGUGUUUUUAAUGCAGAAAAGGUGGGGAACUUUCUUGGUUUGCACUAAUGAGAUUAAUUAAAUGUACUAAUUAUAAUAAAGUAAAUAAAUAUGUAAAGUGAAAUGAUAUCAUUUUGUUCAUCUCUGCCAUCCUCACAGUGCUGACGUCGUAUCGUUGUUCCUCAGAUUCGCACAGUGCUUAGCGUGCAUGACUUGUGGUGGUAGGGUCCUAUACAGACUUCCUAGGAAUUCUGCACUUGAUUAUUCCAGUAGCAAGGAAUGUCUUGGCCAGAACCGAAUUUGUUCUUGUUCUUGCGAUAACAAACACAUUUCUGGGUUCUCGUGGGUUUUCUAUCAGCCCUAAAUAUGCAUGCUCCCGACUGUGACGCACACACACACUGUACAUACUGUAUUAUAGUGUUUUCUUUCAUGCAGCUGCCUAACUGUCAUGUUGCAAAACGGCUACAAAUGCAACUCUUAUCUUCAGUAUUUAUUGCUUGACACCGUGGUUUGUUUUCUUCGGGUUAUUUCUUCCUCUGUGUUGAAAUGUGUGUAGGACUCAAGAUGUAUGAUUAAAAUGAAGACAAACGUU